AUGCACAGUAACUACGCCGAUAUCUCACCAGAAUUUGGAGUACUGGCAUCCAGAGCAUGGGCAACUCAAGAAUGGCUGCUCUCUGGUCGGAUGAUCUUCUAUACGAAAGGCUGCAUAGUCUGGUCAUGCAAGGUCAUAACGCAGAGAAAAACCGGCGGUUCGUUUCUCACAACAGCAAGAAACCUGAAAUGGAAACUCAUCGUCGAGAUAUACUCAUCGAGAUUUCUCACGAACGCUAGCGAUCGUCUUAUUGCUCUAGAAUGCCUAAGGAGAGAGAUACAAAAGAAGACUAAAGACACAUACUGGUUCGGCAUAUGGAAGAACGCAACGUCGGACCAGCUCGUAUGGUCUUGGGCAUCCACAAUGCACGGUGUUCGGUCUCUCAGCAUCAAGAAGGCAAAGAAUGUUUGCAAUGGGAUCCGAUUUGAUGACGAGAAGCGAAUACUUACCAUCCUUAGCCAAUUGAAGAAAGUUUCUAAGAUCACUCCUAUGGUAAGUACUGACCAAUCGCCGUACGAUAGCAUCAGCGACCGUUUGGCGUCAGCACGAUACGAAACUUUCCGAGAAGAAUUGCGUUACGAGCAGACUUCAGGAAUGGUCGGCUCCUUACGCACAGAAUCGGACGAAAUAAUCGGAUGGGAUCUGCUAGACGAAGGCUGCUCAACAGCAUCUAUUUCCGAGAUGUAUUGCCUCGCUCUCAUGACCAGAAAAUCUGAUCUAGUCCACCCAACAGAGACAACUAGAUCGGUAUCAAAGAGGACAGCACAUUCUGGCUGGCAAGAAGACUGGGUGCUCCUAUUGCAGGAGUUGCCCAUGAGCGAUCACGCAUACGUGAGGGUUGGAGCUGGUAAAGUAUUCUGGAAGAGCUGGUUCCACGACGAGGCAGUACAGCGAGUCCGAAUUCUUUGA